CGCUCGACGCGUAUUCGAGAGGUCCGAGUCCCGCGAAGGCAUUGCUCAUUUUUCAUCUCCUGUUUCCAAAAUAAACCUAUUGUCUCUACAGUGGCGCCCGAACUAAACAUAUCUUUCACUGUCGGGAAUUCCAGGAAGAAACCCUUCGACGUGAAAGAUGAAAGCAUCCCAAGCUCUAGUAUCAUAUCUGUUGACAUUUUUCAUGCUGGUGGCUAAUAUUGAACAGAUUGUUUGUGGAGAGUAUCAUUCGGAAUAUCCACAUUAUGAGGGAAAACAAUAUGAAUAUCAUCAUCAUGAGUACCAUCCACCACCGAAGAAGAGCGCUAAUGUUGACAUCAACAUCCCUCUCGACCUCGGUACCAUCGCUAAACUAGGAGUAAUAGGAUUGACGCAGCUUAAACUUUUACUAGCUUUGGGAAAAGUGGCUGGAGCUGGACUUGGUGUUGGUGCUUUGGGCUUGGGAACACUUGGGAAGAUAGCUUUGAGUGUCAGUCCAGUUCAUAAAGGAUCAGGUAUUGCUAUAGAUCUUACGCCCCAUCAUCAUGAAGCAAAGUCGUCACACUCCCAUCACGAGUAUGUGCACAUUCCUUCAGAAAAGCAUUAUUAACGGAAGAAUUAAACUUAGUUGAUUAAAUUUCAGUUCAGGUUGUACUUCUGAAGACAGCUAAAGUGGAUGCUGGAACUUAAAAUUUCACUUGUUUUUUCUUUUUGUUUUCAUUAUUUUUAUUUUAUUUUUGACAAUUUAAUUUUAAUUUAUCUGAUACGAGAAGACAACAUUAUGUAAAAACUCAGUAAGUCUGAAAUAGGAAUUUAAGAAAAAAUAUAUAUGAAAUAUCACUUGCUUGAAAUAUCAUUCGAUUGUUAAAAUAAUGAUGCGAUUUUCAAUCCUGAGGUAUUUUCGAUAUCUAAGCAUUAAUUUAUAUGAUAAAUCGAAAUAUAUGCAGUAAAAAUGGUUUACUUUAAAAAGCAUAUCUUUUGGUCCAAAUGAAAAAGCAGAUUUCGCUGAGGUUAAUACUUCUGAUUUGAAAUAAUAUAAUUCUAUUUACUAUUUCAUAAUUUACUUUUAAUAUUCGUAUUUUUUCAUUCUUUUAAAUGAGUUUUACUUACACUUUGGAAAAAAUAGAUUUUUUCUCUCUUUAUUUUUAAUACUAAAUCGUUUUACAUACACAAACAUUUUCAAAGAAAGCUAAAAGAAAAUUACUUGUUAUGCUCUUUCCUGAAACUAAAACUUUCUUGAGAAGCUUUUGUUCAAAUCAAAGCUUUAAAACAAGUAAAUCUAUUCAGCCGGGCAUUAAAGUUCAUUUUCCUUUCGCCUGUGUUCGUUAAAGGGUAUGAGCUUUAUUUCUUUAAAUUCGGUUAUGUUGUGGUGAUUGGUAUAAAAUUUUGGAGUUUAUAAUAGCAUCGUCUUUAUUUAACACUAUAUUUUCUUAAAAUUAAGAGCUUUUCGUAAUAUCAAGGCUUCAGAAGCUUUAAAUGAAUUCAAGAUUAAGGAAAAAAGACGGGAAGUUUCAGGUAGAAAAAUCAAUGGCCAAGUAAUGCAAAAAUAAAAUUAUUUGAAACUAAAAAUUUUAACUAAUAUCUUAAAAUUAAAUUUAAUUUUCAUUAUUAAAAAACCUUUUCCUCCUUUUUAAUACUUAAAAUGGUAGCAAUUUAAUCCUCUGAUUUUAUUUCAAGACAAGUAAUUCACUUCUUUUCAUUUCUGAAUUAAUUAAAUACGAUGAAAAUGAAGAUAUAAAGGUUAGUUAGCUAAAUAAUUAUAUAUAAAUAACUCGCAUUUUUUUCAAAGCUUUUGGAAAAUAGAGUUUUCUUCUGUAAAUAUUUAAAGUUUUCUUCAUUUAUAUUAUUAAAUAUUUCAUUAGUUUUUCCAGAAAAUGUCUACGAUGACGUACAAUUUUAACACCUAAACGUUUGUUCUCAUAUCAUAGCAUUUAUAGUUAUUUAUUUUUAUACAUAAAAUAAUAAUACCUCAAUUGACAACACACCAAUGAAUAGCCUUGCUUUCUUAUUUGAUUGGAGAAAAAUCAUUCAUUUUUAUUUUCAACCCAAAAGUAAAGUAUUGAAGAAUUUUAAAUAAGUGUUAAACAGUUGCAUAGCAAAUCUCUCAAUUUCAUAAAUUUUGUGAUUAGUGUAAUUUUUUUUCAGUAUUGAUAAAGCCAGCAGUAAAAUUUUAAUUAAUUAAUUAAUUAACUUAAAAUUUAUAAAUUAAAAAAACAGAUAACACUAUUGUG